GUCACUCUUUGACAAUAGGGCGGUUGCCAACGCUCCAGCUUGUAACUUACUCAAUUCCAAUCCAACCCAUUCGGGAAGGAAGGGAGACCAUUAGCAGCCUCCAGUUCAGAAUAGGAAGCUCUUAUUCAUCAGUAACCCCCCUAUCUCGGUGACGUCUUGCGUUGUCGCAUGUGUCUUUGCCCCGCAAAGAUGGUGGGGUUUCAUCCCCCACUACGAGCACGUCCCCCUGGAAGUCUAUCUCAUCACGACAUCGCUUUCGGACACAAGACGCUUGUAACUCCGAUCACAUCGACACCGGAGCAAAAGGCCUCAUACAUAAACAACGUCCAAUAUAUAUCCCCUUUGAGAAUCUCAGAAGGAACAGCUGUGUCUUUGUCUGGUAGGCAACUCCCCGAUCCUUAGACUCCCCGCUUUUGUAUCCGCAUUGUCCAUCUUACUCAAGGGUCCCCAGCAAUCAUCAUGCCUCUCGUCGCCUCAACCCCCAAGGACCGCGUUAUCCUGGGUCUUAUGACCUUCGGACCCAAGGAGUCUGACGGCGCCCGAAUCACCGACCUGGAGACCUUCAACAAGGCUCUCGACGUUUUCCAGAGCCGUGGCUACAACGAGGUCGACACUGCCCGUGUCUACGUCGGUGGGCAGCAGGAAGCCUUCACCCGUGAGGCUAAGUGGAAGGAGAGAGGGUUGACGCUGGCCACCAAGGUCCAAUAUCCCGGACAGGCUGGCGACCAUGCCGCGGCCAAGGUUUUCGAGUCGGUGGAGACGAGCUUGAAGGAGCUGGGUACUGACUGCGUCGAUAUUCUCUACCUUCAUGCUCCGGACCGUGCCACGCCGUUUGCCGAGACCCUCGAGGCUCUGGACAAGCUCCACAAGCAAGGCAAGUUCGUCAAGCUUGGCCUGAGCAACUUCACUGCAUUUGAGGUGGCCGAGGUGGUCUUGACGUGCAAGUACAACGGAUGGGUUCGGCCGACGGUGUACCAGGGCAUGUACAACGUCAUUACCCGCAGCCUCGAGUCCGAGCUGAUCCCGGCGCUGCGACGUUACGGACUGGACCUUGUUGUUUACAACCCGAUCGCGGGCGGGCUGUUCUCGGGCAAGAUCAAGUCCAAGGACAUGGUGCCGACCGAGGGCCGGUUCUCGGACCACAACGGCACGGGGGGUAAUUACCGGGGGCGCUACUUCCGCGAGAGCACGUUCAGAGCGCUGGAAACCAUCGAGGCGGCGGUAGAGAAGAACGGGCUCAGCAUGAUCGAGACGGCGCUGCGAUGGACGGUGCACCACUCGGCGCUCAAGAUCAAGGAUGGCAACGACGGAAUUAUCAUUGGCAUCUCGAGCGUGCAGCAGCUCGAGAACAACCUCGACCACCUCGAAAAGGGCCCGCUCCCCGACGAGGUUAUCCAGGCGCUCGACCAGGCGUGGGCCAUCUCCAAGGCGGACACGGCCAACUACUGGCACCUGGAUCUCGAGUACAAGUACGAUACCCGGGAUGCGCUGUUCGGGGCAGGGGCCAAGUGAUGGAUGAUGAAGUGGAGUGCGAAUAACCGUAGAUAGGCAGGGCAGGCAAUGACAGACAGACAGACAGACAGACA